AUGAAGUUUACCACAAUCGCAGUUGCGGCCUUGUCCGCAGCCUCCACCAACGCCAUCGCAAUCGCCGUCGCCGAGGCCAACCCCAACCCGGCCCCUGAGGCAUGGUGCCAGUCGAAGGGCGAGCCCUGCUGGAAGGUGAAGCGAGCCGCCGACGCCCUCACCGAGUCUCUCCACUCCUCAGGCGGGUACAAGGCGUCCCGCGGGGCCGACAUCUCCAACUACCAGGGCGGCGCCGCCUACCACGCCAAGAGGUCCUUUGAAGAGCUCGCCAACCUCGUGGCGUCAGCCUUCCCCGACCCUGAUGCCCUCUACGAGGCGCUCGGCCUGGGCGACCACUUCGGCCCUGACUCCAACCUCACCGAGGCCGACGGCCAGGGCGAGCCUGUAGACCCCGAGAGCCGCCCGCCCGCAGAUCCCUCCUCCGCCGCUCCCCUCGCCGCCCGUGACGGCGCCGCCGCCAUCGACCCGAGGUGGUGCCGCUGGAAAGGUGAGGGAUGCUGGAAGCGCGAGGCCACACCCUGGUGCAGGUGGAAGGGUGAGGGCUGCUGGAAGCGUGCGGUCCAAAUGACACCUCGCGAGGCCGAAGCCAACCCAUGGUGCCGGUGGAAGGGCGAAGGGUGCUGGAAGCGCACGGACGAGAACACCUCGGCGGUCCAGAGGCGCGACGCGGCACCCGCCUUCUGCCCCUUCGGCGGCGAGGCCGGCUCCGUAUGCUACGCCUCCAAGCGCGACUUCAUCGAGGCCGACAAGCGGUCGUGCGAGCAGCCUGGCGAGGCGUGCCACAAGGCGCGCGCCGCGGCCGAGGCGCUCAUCGACGCCAUCGAGACCGCCGACGCCGUCGAGCCCGAGAAGCGUGACACCAGCGACGUCGAGGCGCGCUGGUGCCGGUGGAAGGGCGAGGGCUGCUGGAAGCGCGACGGCAUGGACGAGGUCGUUGCUCGUUGCAAUGCCCCCGGCGGUGCUUGCACUGCUGCCAAGCGCGACCUGACUAGCAUGCACGCCGCUGCUCGCAGCUUCCUCGACACUCUUGAUGCUGAGGUUUUCUAG